AUGAAGUGUAGUCCAUUCUCCUUAUUAACUGACGGCUCAAACGAUACUGGCUUGGAAAAAAUGAAUCCUUUGACUGUAAAGAUUUUUGAUGUGAACACUGGUAGAGUGGAGAGUCGGUUUUUGGACAUGUGUGCAACCAUGGGGACUGACUCAGCAACGGCAGCAUCAAUUUUCCAGAAAAUCGAUGAUGUGUUAUCACUUUAUGGCAUUUCAUGGAGAAAACGUGUGGGAUUUGGUGUGGACGAUACUAAUGUCAACCUUGGUAGCAGAAAUUCAAUCAUGACCAGAGUAAAACAAAGAAGUCCGUCCUGCUACUUCAUGGGUUGCCCCUGUCACUUAAUACACAACAUCACCUGCAAAGCUUCUGAGGCAUUUUGUGAUACCUCCAAAUUUAGCCUGGAAGACAUGCGUGUAGACACUUACUAUUAUUUUGACAAGAGCACUAAGCGAAAAUCACUUUCUGUAGAAUUUGCUGAUUUUCUCAAUGUUGAAUCCUGUCAAGUCAUCGAACAUGUGAACACACGUUGGUUAAGUCUGGAAACAGCUGUGAGACGGAACUUGGAUAUGUAUCCAGCAUUGAAGAGCUAUUCCCGGUCCAACACAGAGAGUAAUACUAGAUUCAAGCGCCUAAAACAAGAGUUUGCAGACCCCAUGGUAGAAGUUUACCAUUUGUUUUUUCAGGCAGGGUUACCAACGUUCACCUUUCCAAACAAGUUUCUGCAGAGGGAGGAUCCCUGCAUUUAUGCUGCCCAUGGACAGUUGAAUGAAUUUGUUCGAUGCCUUCUGGGCAAGUUUGUUCAGAUUGACAAGAUUAAGGCUGCAAAAACUGUUGACAAAGUAAAUUUUGAAGAAGAAAGUCAACAACUGAAAGACGGGCAGCUAUUUAUUGGCUUUGCAACCAGACAACUGCUUAACAAACUUGUCAAUAAGGGUUACAUAGAUGAAAGGAAGAAAGAUCAGUUUUACCAAGCAAGAUAAUACACUAAUCCAUGCUAGAUUUGUGGACUUUUUUCAGAGAGAGAAUGCCUCUCUUGAGGAUGUAGAAUUCUUUCUGAAGAAUUAUCCCACAGUUCUGCCAACUACCGCAGGGGAAACCCACUUACUUCAAGAAGAGUUUGUGGAGUAUCGGCUUCUAAGUAAUGAAGACAUUCCCAAGAAAGUCUGGGGUGCAGCCCAAAUAAAGCUUUCAAAUGAGGAAAAUGAAGAGAAAUCAUCAUCCAGUUUUCGCAUGGAUGUGAUCUGGGGAUAUCUGUCAUCACUGAAACUAGGAAAUGGUAGCCAUAAAUUUGGUGGGAUAAGUAGCGUAGCCAAAACAGUUCUUAUUCUACCACAUUCCAAUGCAGGUGAAGAAAGAGUUUUUUCUCUUAUUAGAAUUCUAAUUAGAAAAAACAAAACAGCUUUUCGGCCUUCUCUUCAGGUUAACUGUACACUAGCCUCUCUGCUUACAAUCAAAAUGGCCAACAAAGAGUCACCAUUUGAAACACCUACAGAUCUGUUAAGCAGUGCCAAGAAAGCUACCUGGAACUAA